CUCGCCUAUCUGGCAUCUGCUGCCACCUGCGGAAGCAGUGUCUUGUCCGCUCUGCUCACGAGCGCGAACAUUCAACAGUGCGGCACGGACACCACUGAGAUCCCGGACCAGGCCACCAUUGACAAGAUGUGCGCCUCGACUGCCUGCAACACCCUGCUCGCUGACGUGAAGGCCAUGAACCUGGAGGAGUGCCAACUGCCGGUCGGUGUCGGUUCCAACCUGAAGGCCGACCUGGUAGUCUACGUGCCGUCCAACUGCCCAUCGACGUCGGCUCCCAGACUCGCCUGCCACAAACGCACCUGUUGUCGACACCCCGACGACGCCAGGCAACUUGACGAACCAGGCCGAGCACACCGCCGCGCUAACCAAGACCCCCAUCGCUUGCUAACCGCGUCUUCGGAUCGACUUGCAGCCAAGUAG